UCCGGCGCUGACCAUUCGACCCGUUCAAUAAGUAGGAACGAGCAGAGAAGGCCAUUGAAGCAAUCACGAGCGCCGCUCCAGCCCCCAAAACCCCCGGCUACAUCAAAGUCCUCCCUCUCGACCUCAACGACCUCGAAAGCGUAAAGGAAGCCGCCGCGUCCUUCGCUCAGCAAGAAUCCAAAUUAGACGUCCUAUGGAACAAUGCCGGAACUGGCGCACUAGGCGUCGAGGUCGGGGCGCGGACAAAACAGGGCUUUGAAGCUAUGGUUGGCAUGCAUUGUAUCGCAGCGCAGCUCUUUACGCAGCUGUUGAUUCCCCAACUCCGUGCAGCCGUCACCACCGCUCCACGCGGUUCGGUUCGCGUCGUGUGGACCUCCAGCUUUCUGGGCGACGCAUCGUCGCCCACCAACGGUAUCGAUUUCAGCACUCUUGAAAAGGGCACUUCGGAUCGUACCAGGAACUACGCCGUAUCGAAAAUCGGCAACUGGGUGCUGGGCCGCGAGAUGGCUACCCGCUAUCCUGACAUCGUUUCCGUGACGCAGAAUCCUGGGAACCUCAAGGCUAGCUCGUACGCUGGGACGCCCACCUUGGCCAUGUUCUUCAUCAACCCCUUACUCCACGACCCUAAGUUUGGCGGAUAUACGGAGCUCUUCGCGGGCCUGUCGCCCGAGGUUUCUCUCGAGAAUAAUGACGCAUACGUUAUCCCUUGGGGACGCAUUCGCUCAGACUCGGACUGCCCAAGGAAGGAUAUCAUCAAUGCGUUGAAGCCUGAAGCCGAUGGCGGUUUAGGGUACACUGCGAAGUUUUGGGACUGGUGUGAGGAACAGUGGAGGCCAUUUGCCUGAGUUGCCCAGGGUGCUUCACUGUCUAACGCAUGUAGCAUAGAUGGAGCCAAUUUGGUGGCACUCCUGAUUGCUUCAAGUUAGUUCUACUUUCCACUCGUUAGAGAAUGCGUAUGUCGCGGCGCGAUGUUCAUACUGAAACGUAGAUACACUGAACAAAGCUGCAAUCUCCAUUUAAACUUCCCUUGCUUCUUUGAAUACCAGUUUCGGAGAAAAUAAAUGCUACAAUCAACUGUCUUCCUUCCGAUGCUUCAGAACAUGGCCCUCGUAAC